AUGAGUCUCCCUGAAGCACCCCGUCCUGUUCACGAUGUAUCUGAUCAUUAUCCCGACAUGGAGAAGAAGCAGUUUCCCGAAGAGCCAGCGGAGGACCCCUUCGGAAAUGAAGAUGCCGGAGAGGUGAAGUAUCGUAUUAUGCCAUGGUGGCAAGCUGGAACGCUAAUGGUCGCUGAAAAUAUCUCCCUCGGUAUUCUAUCUCUGCCAUCUGCUGUAGCAACCCUUGGAAUCGUCCCCGCCUUCAUCCUGAUUAUGGGACUAUCUGGUAUCUCAUGGUAUACUGGAUAUGUCAUGGGUCAAUUCAAGCAGCGGUACCCCCAAGUUCACAGCAUGGGUGAUGCCGGAGAACUACUCUUCGGCCCCAUCGGACGCGAGAUCUGCUUCGUCGGCCAGCUGCUGUUCAUCAUCUUCUUGAUGGCCAGUCACAUUCUCACAUUCUCGGUGCUCUUCAACACGAUCACAAACCACGGUACCUGCACCAUCGUCUUUGGAGUUAUCGGCCUAGUCGUCAGCUGUAUCGCGGCUCUUCCUCGAACAGCAGAGAAGGUGUUCUGGAUGUCCAUCGCCUCCGCUAUCAGUAUCCUCAUCGCUACCAUCGUCACUAUGAUCUCCAUCGGUGUCCAGGCCCCUGAUGAUGUGCAGAACGAUAUUACCACCUCCCCAACCUUCCAGGAGGCUUUCUUGGCAGUCACAAAUAUCGUCUUCGCCUUUAUCGCUCACGUCUCUUUCUUCGGUAUCAUGUCGGAGAUGCAGGAUCCUCGCGAUUUCCCCAAGUCCCUCGCUAUGCUUCAGAUCGUCGAUACCACCAUGUAUGUCGUGACUGCGAUGGUCAUCUACUGCUAUGCCGGUCCGGAUGUCACCUCGCCAGCUCUUUCGUCUGCUGGACCUUUGAUGAAGAAGGUUGCCUACGGCUUGGCUAUCCCUACAGUUAUCAUCGCCGGUGUCAUCUUCGGCCACGUGGCGUGCAAGUAUAUCUACGUCCGAAUCUUCCGCGGCAGCCGCUCCCACCACAUGCACCAGAGGAACAUGCUGGCUACAGGCACCUGGGUUGCGAUCGGUCUGACCACCUGGACCAUUGCCUGGGUUAUUGCCGAGUCGAUUCCUGUGUUCAACGAGUUGCUGAGUCUGAUUAGUGCUAUCUUCGGAAGUUGGUUCAGUUAUGGUCUCCCCUCCAUUUUCUGGCUUGUGAUGAACAAGGGCAAAUGGUUCUCCACACCCAAAAAGAUCGCCCUGACGAUUCUCAACCUCGUGAUUUUUGGAAUCGCCCUUGCUAUUUGUGGCCUGGGACUGUACGUUUCGGGAGUCGCCAUCAACGCAAGCUCGAGCAAGGCCAGCUGGACCUGCGCCAACAAUGCCUCCUAG